AGGUGUCCCUCUUUGACAAAAGGGAGAAAGCCCAUUGGAAACUGGCUUAAUAUCCCUAUGUAACUUCUUUUUUCCUCUGAAGAAACAGGUUCCUCUGUGUAUGUUACAACUCACAACUCACAAUACAAGAAAAGAAGAGAGCAGAGGAAAAAAAUAGAAAUGUGGAGUAGACAUCUUAAUAGAUGGCUGUCUACCUCAGUAGCAACAAAUAGGAAAAACAGUAUGGGAUGGUGGGACCAUGUACAGCAAGCUCCUAAGGACCCAAUCACCAGUGUUACUCAGGCUUUUCUAUCUGACCCAACUCCUUUCAAGCUCAAUCUUGGCUUGGGAGCUUACAGAGAUGAUAAAGGGAAACCAGUUAUUCUUGAGUGUGUUAGAAGAGCUGCUGAAAAGAUUUCUGGCUGCGACAUCUUGGAAUCAACUAAAGCAACAACAAAAUCAAAGUUUGUGCAGGACUGUGCUAAAUUGGCUUAUGGAAAUGACUCUAAUGUUGUUAGAGAAGGCAGGUUUGCUGGUGUUCCAGCUCUUUCUGGGACUGGUGCAUGCCGGCUGUUUGCUGAAUUCCAAAGGCGCUUCUAUCCUGACUCACAAAUGUUUUUACCAAUGCCAACUUGGUCCAACCACCACGACAUUUGGAGGGAUUCUCAAGUUUGUACGAGAACCUAUCAUUAUUAUGAUCCUGAUACGAAAGGAGUGCAAUUUCAAGCACUCAUAAAUGAUAUCAAGAACGCUCCAGAUCGUUCCUUUUUCUUACUUCAUCCUUGUGCUCAUAACCCAACUGGUGUUGACCCCAAUAAUGAGCAGUGGAAAGAACUCUCAAACAUAUUCAAGAUCAAGAAUCAUUUUCCUUUUUUUGAUAUGGCUUAUCAAGGAAUUGCUAGCGGCGACGUUGACAGAGAUGCCACUGCUAUUCGAAUAUUUCUAGAAGAUGGACAUCUAUUGGGCUGUGCCCAAUCUUUUUCCAAAAACAUGGGAUUGUAUGAACACCGUGUUGGUUGUGUCAGUAUUGUCUCCAGGGAUGAAAAGCAAGCCACUGCAAUCAAGAGCCAGUUGCAGCGAAUUGUCAGGGCAAUGUAUAGUAGCUCUCCUGUUCAUGGUCCAUUAUUAGUCUCAACAAUCUUGAGUGAUGCUGAUUUAAGGGCACUUUGGGAAGAAGAAGUUAAGGUCAUGGUGGAUCGCUUAAUCAGUAUGAGAAUGACAUUACGUCGAACUCUUGAAGAGUUGAACUCAUCUGCAUGCUGGGAACAUAUAACCAAGCAGGUUGGAAUGUUUUACUUCUCUGGUUUAUCCCCUGAGGAAGUUAACCAAUUGCAGAGGGAUUUCCAUAUAUACAUGACUAAUGAUGGACGCAUCAGCAUGGCAGGGGUAACAAGCAGCAAUGUGGACUACUUGGCAAGUGCAAUUCAUGAAGUUACCAAAGUGUAAAUAUAGUUGGCCUGAAAUGGUAAUCAGUUUUGCCUUUGGUAAGAAGCUAUUUGUAGAUUAGAUUUUCUAUCUAUCUUAUUGUUUCAAAAGCCAAAGUCUGAAGGAACUUUUCAAAGUAUAUAUGUAGUUAUGUACCACAUAUGAUUUCUCCAGAAUCUUUAUUAUGCAAAAAUCAAUAGAAAAUUGAAGGGAAAAGUUCAGAGUUUCUAUUGAAGUAUAUCAUGAGAAGUUCUUUAGUUCUUGUAAUUAUAGCAACUGUAUUGGUCCAAAGCAUUUUAAAUUUGUAGUUUAGCAAUUCUUAUUGA